GUCAUUCAUUUGUCAAAUUGUCAUACGCGUCGGUGAUGUGUUCGUGCGCGAUCGUUGCUCGUUGUUAAAUGUUUUGUAAAUGUUGUGCGUUUAUGUGAUAAUGAGAAAACACGCGCUAGACUACCUAAUUAUUAAGUGAUGAAUGUGUUAUAAGUUCAGUGUGCUGUUAUAAAUUUGUUGUUUUUUGUAUGUCACCGGACUCCAACAUGGCGGCACCACGGCACAAAUCACAACAGAAAAAUAUAUCUUCGAUAUUUUCGAAGUUGCACGGUGCUUUCUCGGAUGCCGUAUGCCCGACGAAGCUUGCGACAGACAAAAGAACAUUGGACAAGACUUGGAAGUUGAUGGACAAAGUGGUGAAAUUGUGUCAACAUCACAAGAUGAAUUUGAAAAACAGCCCGCCUUUCAUUUUAGAUAUUUUGCCGGAUACAUAUCAAAGGUUACGUGUAAUAUAUUCUAAGUACGAAGAUAACAUGCAGGCGUUGAAUAGUAACGAACAUUUUAACAUAUUUAUAAUAAAUUUAAUACGGAAAUGUAAGCAGGCAAUAAAGCUUUUUAAGGAGGGCAAAGAGAGGAUGUUUGACGAGAACUCUCACUAUAGGCGUAACUUGACGAAGCUGAGUUUGGUGUUCAGCCACAUGCUGAGCGAGCUGAAGGCCAUGUUCCCUAACGGAACGUUUGCCGGAGACCAGUUCCGCAUUACCAAGAGUGAUGCAGCCGAGUUUUGGAGGACUAACUUCGGUAACAGUACCCUGGUGCCAUGGAAGAUCUUUCGCGAGGAGUUGAACAACGUGCACCCCAUAUCGUCGGGUCUGGAGACGAUGGCCCUCAAGACCACCAUAGACCUCACCUGCAACGACUUCAUAUCGAACUUUGAGUUUGAUGUGUUCACGAGGCUAUUCCAACCCUGGAGCACGCUGCUGAGGAACUGGCAGCUGCUCGCGGUCACGCACCCCGGCUACGUGGCGUUCCUGACGUACGACGAGGUCAAGGCGCGGCUGCAGAAGUACAUCAAUAAGGCUGGAAGCUAUGUGUUUAGGUUAUCAUGUACAAGACUCGGCCAAUGGGCGAUAGGCUACGUCACAGUCGACGGGGAAAUCCUGCAGACGAUACCUCAGAACAAGAGCCUGGUGCAAGCACUCCUUGAUGGCUACAGAGAGGGAUUCUACCUGUAUCCGGACGGGCGGGAUGUGAACCCGGACCUCAGCAGCGCGAUCAUAUCGCCGGCGGAGGAUCAUAUCACAGUCACUCAGGAGCAGUACGAGCUGUAUUGCGAAAUGGGUAGCACGUUCCAGCUGUGCAAAAUCUGCGCAGAGAACGACAAGGACAUCAGAAUAGAGCCGUGCGGGCAUUUGCUGUGCACUCCCUGUCUCACCGCUUGGCAGAUUGACUCUGAAGGCCAGGGCUGCCCGUUCUGCCGAGCGGAGAUAAAGGGCACAGAGCAAGUUGUGGUUGACGCCUUUGUGCCGCCUCGUCCGCCGCCGCAGGACGCUAAAAACACGAAGACUGCAGUCAAAGCCGUAUCGUCAAACUCGUCCGGAUCCUCUGGGUCUUCAGGGUGCAAUGGAUCAAGUGCAGAAGUGACAAUUUCCAGCAAUUCAAACGGGUGGUCUUCUAGAAACACUACCUUCAACGGCCUGACUGAUGACAUCGACGAUGCUGAGGACUGGGCAGAAUUCAACGCGGCGACGUCAACAAUAGAUGGUCUCAGGCCGUCUGUUCGAUCCCCAGCCGCGUCACCACGACACUCCCCACUCGCUGCCCGUCGGGCCCCCGCCCCUACGCCCCAUGAGAAUGCCUAUGGGGAGUUACGAGCCCCCCCUCUGCCGCCUAGGAAGAGUCUAUCCCCGGCUGAGCCGGCGAUACUAGCUGCUUCGAGUGUGCAGGAUAUUACAGCACAUACCGUACAAUCGGAACCAAGGAGGCGGUCGUCGUUAGAGCCCGAACCGGAUUCAAGGCACCGACUGACUUCCUUCAUCACCGGCUCCACGGAAACCAUUACGGGGAUCAUCGACACGAGACAUGAAGUGCCACCAGACCCCCGAGCGUUCGAAAAGCCCCGUCGGGCCUGCACCCCCCAAUCGGGGAGCCGACCCCUCCCCGCGCCGCCUCCCGAAAGACACCCCUCCGAGGACCGACCCACCGACCGACCCGACAGAAACCACCACAUAGAAAGACCUACUGACAGACACACCCCCGAAUACAGACCCUUGCCUAACCCCAUAGAAAACAGGACCAUUAGCAAAACAGAACACCUCUUAGCCAAUCUAGAAUGUAGGCAAGCGAUCACCCCUAGCGUUUCAGAUAGCAGACUCGUCACCCCAGAUAGACUAGACCGGCCAGAAAGGCAUUUACUGUUACCCGAAAAUAGGAUCAACUUAGAACGAAUACAAGCUAGCGAGAGUCGAUUUUCGAAUGACAGAAUAUUCGGAGAAAGGAAUGCUUCGAGUGAGAGACACAAUGUGGAGUUGCGGCAUCCCCCAGAAAGGCCUGACCGGGUGGAUAGGUCUAGUUUCGAUAGGGAUAGGGUUGAGAAUCGCGCGCCGCCGCGGCAAAGGUCGCUGCCUUCGACCACUAGUGGGAGUGUGGACCAUCAGCCCACGAAGUCGACGACGAUGCCCAAAUUCCCUUCAGAGGAUGCGAAAGAUCCUCCGUAUGAGAAUGUCAGCGUGGAGAAGAACGAAUUGGCUGUUGGGCCAAAAAAGUUCAACCCGCUAACCCACGACAAGCACGGCAGAAAGUACGGCGACAAUGUCUCCUACGAGAACAUAAACCUGGACUACAUAGCGCGUUUGGUCGGCGAGGGUUACCCAAAGGAAAUAGUCGUGCGCGCUCUUGGCAUCACUCGAAAUGACCUCGAAAUGGCGUGCGAUAUAUUGCACGAGUUCGGAUCCAAAGUGCCCAAUAAGUGUUGAAGAUUUAAAAGGUAAAGCCCGUUUUCACCAUCAUUCCCCAAUUUUUAAGUAACACAUAACAGGAAUUUUGUUUUCAUUGGGGUCACUUAAAAAUAGAGAUUGAUAGUGAAAACGGGCAUUAGUGUUGGGUGGCUGUCAGCUGGUAAGUUUAAAGAUAUUUAAAAGAUUGUGUGAAGUAAGUAACAUUGUGAAACUUUGGCGUAAAAUGUAUGGCUUAGUGCGAGUUUACAUCAAACGUCAUUGCUAGCCGUCGAUCCAUCUACAAGGACCGACGACAUCGUAAAGGUAGCAGGAAGGCGCUGGACGCAGGCCGCUACCAACCAGGCAACAUGGAAAGCAUUGGGGGAGCCUAUGUUCAGCAGUGGACGUCCUAUGGCUGAGAUGAUGAUGAUGUCAUCGCUAGCGACUGUGUAAAAAUGUCAUUAAAUGUAUGAUAGAUUGUACAGUGUCCUUAGCGGAUAUUUUCAAGAACUAAAAUCUUCAUAGAUUUAGCUAGCCACUACGUUCAAUGCAAAAUCGCACUACACACAGUAAGUGGUCAAGUGCAGGUUCUAAAAGUUUAAAUAAAUAUCCUAAACUUAAAAGUUGACAGCCAAAUCUGAUGCAAUUUUCAUAAUUUGUUAUUCUUGUGGUUAGUGUAAUGAAUUUGUUUCUAUAAGAAAAUAUUAUAAAACUCCAUUUUCACUAAACUCAAAAAUCUUAUAAAAACAAAUUCAUUUUAAAUGCCAGGCUAAUUCGUACCUUAUGAUUAAAUGAUAAGUCUGAUUUUGGCAUGUGCAUAGACAUUAACUUCUUGUCUAUUACGAUUAAGAUCUUAGAAUUUGGCUACACUUUUGAAAGCGCCACGAUUUUUAAAUCUUCGCAUUUUGGAAUAUAAUUCUAUACGGGGUGAAAAUGGAAAUGAUAGAUUCAUCAAAUCAUUGUAAAAAAUUCAGUCAAAAAAUCCGACGUUUCACCAAUGUACAUUUAAUUGUGUAUAUUUUUGUCACUGUACAUUGAUAUAAAGUAAGUUAGCGAAUUAAUGCCAAAAAUAUACGAAUUAAAUAACAUUUUUGUACAAUAUAAUAUUUUAUAAUAAUGUCAUUCAAUUAAUGCUUAUUAGGUAAACUCAC